AUGGCUCCGGCCCGCAAGGCUCUCAUCGCGAUUACCUCCGCCCAUGCCCCUCUGUACCCAGAUGGAAAGGAGACAGGCCUCUUUAUCACUGAGGCUCUGCACCCCUUCCAGGUCUUCCGAAAGGCCGGCUUCGAGGUUGAACUUGUCUCUGAGACUGGAACCUACCAACCUGACUGGCUUUCCGAGCAAAAGGACUGGCUGAACAACGCCGAUCGUGCUAUUUGGGAGGAUCACUCCAGCGAGUUCCGCAGCAAGCUGGACAAGUUGCUGAAGCCAGCCGACAUUGACCCUAAGAAACAGUACGGCCUUUUCUUUGCAUCUGCGGGACAUGCGUCUUUGAUCGACUAUCCCGAGGCCAAGGGUCUGCAGGGCAUCGCUGCAAAGAUCUUUACCAGUGGUGGAAUUGUUUCGGCUGUGUGCCACGGCGGAGCCAUCUUCCCCGGCAUCAUCGACCCUGCGACCGGAAAAUCCAUCAUCGCCAACCGCCGUGUGACCGGAUUCACCAACCGAGGCGAAGAGGAGCAUGGAAUCCUGGAGACCAUCAAGGCUUGGAACCGACAGACGAUUGAGGCUUCUGCGGCUUCGUGUGGAGCAACUUGUGAGCCCAAUCUGAUUCUAAUGUCCGAAGACUUCGGUUCUAACUUCGUUAGAUAUUUCUCCCGCCGGUCCUUGGGAUGCGUUCUCCAUCACUGA